CGCUACAAUCCACUUAUCCGUAAGCUUUAACAAGCCCUCUCUGCGUGCACGACCAUAUACAAGGAAUAUUUCUGAUGUAAACAUUAAAAUCGUUAGUAAGGUUGAUGUGCGAGAUGCACUAUGUGGCUAGUUAUUAAAGGCUGACGUACAACGGUUUCACAGGCAUAAUGCCAGGAGACCAUCGCGAAGGCAGUGGCAACGCUGCCCAGGCGCCAGCUUCCGCGCGCAGUUUCCGCGCGAAAGAUGUGGAAACUGCUGCGGAAGCGGGCAAUGAGGGUUUCGCAGAUGUCUUUUCAGGGCCCGACAUGGCCGGAAUGGGAAUAAAGAUACAAGCGAUUGAGUCGCUGGCUGAGCCCACACGGAGAUUCCUGCACAUCAACAUCUUGGGGAAGCCCUUACCGACCUGGAUGAUAUGGGACAAGCAGCCUAAGCUUAACAGAUUCAACUACUUGAUGUCUCGACUGCACACGUUCAUGACUGAUGCUAACAGCAGCGUGUAUGCAGCGGCGGUCUCGCAGUUCAUGGUGGCUUCCAUCAUUAUCUCUGUCCUGAGCUUCUGCUUGGAGACCAUUCCGAGCUUCCAGUCGCACCGUGCGCCUGUGGCGGCACGCGUCUUCACCUGGGUGGAGGCCGUCACCAUCCAGAUCUUCGCAUUGGACUACCUGCUGCGGUUUAUUUCCGCCCCUGUAAAGCUCAAGUUCACGGUGGACCCUUUCAACAUCAUCGACUUGAUCGCUAUUGUGCCUUGGUACAUCAUCACCUGGGUGGGCACCGACUUCAACGGCACCACCGUGUUCCGGGUGGUGCGGCUUCUGCGUGUCUUCCGGGUGCUCAAACUUGGGGGCAGGUACUCGAAGCUGCUCGUGGUGCUUCACUCGCUGCGCAAGUCUCUCGACAUGCUGGGCCUUAUGGCUUUUUUCAUCUCGCUUUGCAUCGUCUUCUUCGCCACGCUCAUGUACUACGCGGAGCGCGGCAGCUACGACGAGCAACUGGGUGAGCUUUCGGAACUGGAUGUUUGGGUGCCCAUGCGGUCGCGGGCCGCGGCCCUUGGGAAUCGCGGGGCUGGGGCAGGCUACUACGUGCGGCCCUAUGAAGUCCAGAUGAUCGAUUACGGCGUGCCCAAGCCCAGUCCCUUCGAAUCCAUCGUGUCGGGCUUCUGGUGGGCCAUUGUAACCAUCAUGACGGUCGGCUACGGCGACACGUUUCCCGUCACGGCGGGCGGCAAGGCCAUCGCGUGCGUCACGAUGAUCUGCGGCAUCCUCACCCUAGCGCUGCCCAUCAGCGUUAUUGGAGCCACGUUUACCAACGACUGGGAAGCGCACGUCGUGGAAGAAAAACGCCGGAUUACAACCAACAAAAAGAUCACAAUCACCGCAUCGCCGUUGCUGCUCCAGCUACAGCGCCUGUUGAAUCGACACCUGGAGGACGCGGAGACGCUCAUCAUGCUCAACCGAAAUUCGGAGGUGGCACUGGAGGAGGCAAGCUCAGAGCUGCACCACACACUCAAGAGUACCAAAAAGCACCUGCACACUGAAGCCAAGGCGGACCUGAGGCUUCGCCGUAAUGCGUUGCGCAAUCGCACAGCUAUGUCCGCCGACAAUACACCGUACGACCAGCAAUACGGCUAUCUGCCCAUGGAUCACGUGAAGGAGAAAUACCGCGAGCAGCUGGAAGCGAUGUCGGAGGCGGCAGGGUCCCUGGGGCGACGCGCCUGUCACGUGACCCGCAUGGAGGCAGUGAACAUGCACCUAGUGGACCGCGAGCUGGAAGCGAUCGUUGCGCGGCUGGCCAAGAAGCAUGCAGAUCUGGCCUUUCUGCUGGCCAAGCACGAGGAGAAGCCCUCGCCACUGGCGCUACUGGAGGCGGAGCUGGCUGAUCUCAAGGGUUACGUGGAGGACUGCAGGGCCGCGAACGCCACAGCGCUGUCAAAGGGCCCCCGGGCACAUGUGUUUACCGGAUCAUCGACAUCUAAAUCCUCGUUUCGAAUUGGUCAGCGUAUUAUCCCGCUGUCGUCCACGGAAGGCUGGAGCUGGCUGGAGCUGGUUGGAGCUGGUUGGAGCUGGCUGGAGCUGGGACCCCGUGAGCGCGUCGCGAUGCUUGGAUUUCAGUUGGCAGGAGCCACAGCCUCACUCCUGGAGGUACUUGCUCUGCUCCCGGGAUGUGCUCAACAGCAGCUAAGUUUUGAUAACAGCCGUGGUGCCGGGCCUCUGUUGUGGGACUCGACGCAUGACAGCCGGAAGGAGUUCGAUGGAGGGGCUCCCUUUGCAGCCCUCCAGCUUGAGGCCUGCGGAUUAGUUGGCAUCUUUGCCCCGCGCACGGAGUCGGGGGAAGCAAAGGAGACGGGGAAAGCAAACACAGCUGCGAGAUAG